AUGGUACCAGAAGCACGCAGAGACGCCAUUCUCAGAAUUGUGAAAGAGUCCCUGGGCACAAAGGAGGAACAUCAUGAUAUGUCGUCGCUGGUGACUCAGUCGACUUCGGAAGACUCAGAUCCGGCAGUAAAGCACAUUCAGAACAGACUUUCCGCAACUUCUGCCACGCAGCCCCUGGACAUUUGGAACCGCCCCUCUGUAUUUGCGGUAGUCCCAAGAUCGCCAGCUGCCGAUCUUCGGCACCCAGACCAUCAAAACACAAGUACCAAGGGGGGUUGGGAGAAUGCGCAGUCCGUAACAGUGACAUCCUUUCGUCGGCAGAGGAUAGAAGCGAGUCUGGAGCCACGGAGAGAGAGGGAGCAGCUGAGAAUCACUUACGCACACCCGCGAGCACUUAGUCCUGUGACAGUGAGCCCGGGCCAGGCGCCAAAGGUUGAUGGGACUUCUCAGGGCAAAACCCUGUCUCGAAAAGAGAUCUUGGACAGGAUCGGAUGUCAUCCCAAAGAUGGGAUCGAAGAUGCUGUCUGCAAUGGUGAUCAUGCAGCUUUCGCGAAUCUUCUUAACAACAAGAAGGAUUUUUGGCGGUCAAAGUUUCGCAAACGCGUCCGUCCAGAACGCGUAACUGCGCUGCAUUUCGCGGCCCUCUUUGGCAAGAUCGAUAUGGCUCAGCGCCUCCUGGACUCGAAUUUCAACAUAAAUGAAGUCCCACAUGGAUACACAGCAAGCCUCACGCCCUUGAAAUUUGCUAUUGGCGCUCGGCAAGUGGGUAUGGUCGAGUUUUUGGUUGCAAACGGCGCCAGGCCGUCUGAACCUGAUUCAUGGUCGACCUUGGCUGGACAGUUGAUGAACCGCUCAUGGUUGAGGAAAACCAUGUCGGAGGCUGAGAAAGAUCUUGUCCCUAAUCGUAUGAUUGCGAUCUUGGAAAUUCUACUCAAGCACGGUUGGGAUUUGAAUGUGCCGUUCGAGACUUCGGGCGCAACUGUGCUUCAUCAAGCUGUCACUUUUUGGACCGGUUCAUACACUUGGGAUUUGUGUCUGCGCAGCAGCGUGGCUUCAUUCCUCUGCAGACGGGGUGCGGACCCUUUCCGAGCAGAUGCAGAAGGCAAGACGCCUUACGACACAGCUUUGGCUUCGGGUCAUCAAGACCUCUUGCUGGUCCUCAGCCAAGACUCGAAGACGAGAGAACGAGGCGAAUGGCUCUCGAACCCAGUCGAGCUUUCCACUUGA